AUGGCGAACAUUGUGGCAGUCCAGUGUGUUCGAGCGCAGGUCGCCUAUUGUACUCGUAAUAAAAGGAAAUUGAUGCCUCAUUCUUGUGUGCAUCUUACAAAGCACAAACGAACAUUAAUGAAAGCACUUAGUGUUGUCCAUUCCGUUAUUUUUCCCUGUAAUACAAUGUCACGGGGACUUCAUGCUAAAUUUGUAAGGUGCAUGCAGUGCAGGACAAGAAUAAAUGCUUUAAUGUGUUCGUGCUGUGAAUGCUCAACAUUCGCUUGCUUGAAGCAUAUGAAAGGUCAUAUGAUUAAUCAAAGGCAUGGCUUUGCAGUAUCCGUUGGAGAAGGUUUUCUUUACUGCAUUGGAUGCGACGAUUUUAUUUACAACCGUAAGAUGGAAAAAAAUCGACGAGAUGCUGAAAAUGUUCAUCGAAGGUCGCUUAAUUUAAGUACAAGAAGUGUUUGGUAUCCGAGCACUGCAAUAGCUAAUGCUUUCCGAGAUACUUCUGGGAUAAUCCUUUUUUCAAAAAGUAGUGUCAGAGGUUUACGGGGACUCGUUAACUUAGGAAAUACAUGUUUUAUGAAUUGUAUAAUACAAGCGAUCGUACACACACCUCAGUUGAAGGAUUAUUUUCUAACAGAUCAGCACCGUCGUUCAUCUGCUUCACAUAGUAAAGCUCACUGUCUCAUGUGUGAGCUUGCCAAUACCUUCCAGGAGUUUUAUAGUGGUAAUACGACACCAUACAAACCAAAUCGGUUCUUGAAUCUCGUCUGGACUCAUGCUAGGCAUUUAGCUGGCUACGAACAACAGGAUGCGCAUGAAUUUUUUAUUGCAGCUCUUGAUGUACUUCACCGGCAUUCUGGAAGUAGCUCGCCUAACUUCACACCAAAUGAUUGCAAUUGUAUUAUCGAUUGGAUAUUUACUGGGAAAUUACAAUCAGAUCUUACUUGUUCAAUUUGUGGCUGUGUUUCGACUACUGUGGACCCUUUUUGGGAUAUUUCGCUGGAUGUGGCACAGGAAGUGCUGCUUUCAUCCGAUGCUGCUUUUAAUUCACCAGACAUGACUUUAGAAGAUUGUUUGCGCAGGUACAUAAUGCCAGAGCAUUUGGGAAGCAAUGCGAAAACGAGAUGUGCUCGUUGUGAGACAUAUGAAGAAUCAACGAAGCAGCUUACGCUGAAAACGCUCCCAAUGGUUGCAUGUUUUCAUUUAAAACGAUUCGAGCAUAAUCAUAAUGAUCGUAAGAAAAUGGAUACAGUAAUCAAAUACCCACAAUUUAUUGACAUGACACCGUUCACAGCAUCUUAUCAUGAACGUCCGACGUGUUCUCCUGAAAAUACUUUCAGUGUCGUCAGUGACUUACUGAAAAAGAACAGAAAUAAAUAUGAAUUGUUUGGAGUAGUGAACCAUUUGGGUACUAUGGAAAGUGGCCAUUACACGUGUUACAUUAGGCACCAGACCAAUCAGUGGUUCCAGUGUGAUGACCAGAAGGUCUCGAGAGUUUCGAUGGAGGAGGUGCUCUCAUCUCAGGGAUAUUUGCUUUUUUAUCAUAAGUGUCAUUCAGAUUAUUAUUGA